GUCAAGACGUUGCGCUGAGCGUCGCGACGUCACGUCUCGGGCAAACAAGCUCAGUCAGGGAAGUUCGCCCGCAUUAAAGGGCUGGGGGGCGAACAUGAGACCGACCCUAUAGAUUCAGGAGGAGUGUUCAUGCAUCUCGACAACGGCGUCAACCGAUCGAUCUCUCAUCGAGCCGCGGGGACGCGCUCCUCUGAUCGAGUCUCCAGUGAAAACCGCUGUGUGACCCACUCGAUGUUUGACCUCCUCCUCCUGGUCCUCCUCCUCCAGUCAGAGUGUGGCGAGACUGUGAUGUGACAAGCUACGGCCCCCGACGACCUCAGCACCAACCAAUCGUCAGCCUGUCUGGAGGAUGCACCUGCAGGCCUACCCCCUCCCCCAGCGCUCCCCCAGGAGGGCCCAGCAGGGGGAGGCCCUCCGCGCCGCCGCUGCCGCCGCCGCCGCCGCCGCCGGUAACCGCGGCAACCUGGGAGGGGGGACCCGCCACCCCCUGAGCGUCCUGUCCGGCAACACGUCGCAUCGCCACGGCAACGGGCCGACCCACCGCGGCAACGACAAGCCCUCGUCCCGCGGCCCCGCCCCCCCUCCGCCGGGUUGCCACGACGACCAGGAGGAGCCGUGGAGCGUGGUGCGGCCCGGCUACGUCCGGGAGAAGAUCGCCAUGUUCGCCUCCUCGCCGCCGCCGCCGUCGCCGCCGCCGCCGCCGCUAGGCGCCGAGGACCCGGAGGAGGCCUUCGGCUCCACGGGCGGGGGGGGGCUGAAGGUGAAGGGGGGCUGGGAGCGGGAGAGCCGCUCUGCCAAGCGGCCGCGGCGGUCCGGGGGGCGGGGCCUCGCGGCGGCGGGGGGAGGGGGAGGGGCGGAGCCUGAGGAGGCGGUGUCGGUGGGCGAGAUGGUGGCCUCCCUGGAGCAGCGGAUGACCUCCGUCCCGCUGCUCGCCCUCCAGCGGAGCUCCUCCAGCCUCACCCCGACCCGCACGCCGCCCGGCCCCGCCCUCCCCCGGCCCCCCGCUGGGGGGCCGGGGGAGGAGGGGCCGGGGGAGGGCGGGGGGGAGGCGGUGCGCGUAUGGGACCUGGUGGCCCGGCUGGAGUCCGAGUGUGUGAAGGGCCCCUCGGGACCCGGCCGGCGGCUCCUAAGGGGGGUGGGACGCGUGCUGUUGACCCACUCCUCCUCCUCCUGCUCCUCCUCCUCCUCCUCUUCCUCCUGCUCCUCCUCCUCCUCCUCCUCCUCCUCCUCUUCCUCCUCCUCCUCCUCGCCCCAGCCUCCCUCGGCCCCGCCCACGCCGGCCCCGGGUUCCGGUUCAGAGGCCCGGCUGGAGGUCCAAAGACCCCGGGCCCGCCCCCCCACGGACCCCCAGACCCUGCGCUGUGGGCAGGAGGAGGAGGAGGAGCCAGGGAAGCUGUUCUUCACCCCGCCGCUGGUCCAGAUCUCCUCCUCCUCCUCCUCCUCCUCCUCCUCCUCCGCCCGGCCCCGAGGAGAACCAGCCGACGGAGGGAGCAGGUCGUCACGGGAACCUCCUCCCACAUCCCCGCCGCUCCUCCUCCUCCCCUGCCCCGACUCCUGUGGAGCCCCAGAGCUGGACGUGAGGAGGCCACCGCCCCGAGGAGGAGGAGGAGGAGGAGGAGCAGCAGAGCAGGAGCCCGGAGCCUCCCAGGACUUCCUGGAGGCGCGCUUCCAGCUGCAGCUGCUCCUGGAGCCGCAGGCCGCGCUGCUGCUCCUCCCGCAGCACCUCCUCCUGCACAUCCUGUCGCUGCUGCCCACGCACAGCCUGGCCGCGCUCAAGUGCUGCUGCCGCCACUUCGCCUCGCUGAUGGACGCCUACGGCGUGCGCGCCGCCGACUCCCGCUGGGUGGGCGACCCGCGCUACCGCGACGACCCCUGCAAGCAGUGCAAGCGGCGGUAUCGCCGCGGCGACGUGUCGCUGUGCCGCUGGCACCACAAGCCCUACUGCCAGGCGCUGCCCUACGGCCCGGGCCACUGGAUGUGUUGCCACAGCAACCGCAAGGACGCGCCCGGCUGCAACGUGGGUCUCCACGACAACCGAUGGGUGCCGGACUUCCACAGCUUCACCUCGGCCCUCUACAUGAGGAGGAGGGGGGAGUCCGCCGACGAGGCCUGAGACGUGUGUGUGUGUGUGUGUGUGUGUGUGUGUGUGUGUGUGUGUGUGUGUGUGUGUGUGUGUGUGUGUGUGUGUGUGUGUGUGUGUGUGUGUGUGUGUGUGUGUGUGUGUGUGUUGCCAUUAGCAUGUGGGGAUUGAUCCUCUGCUGCCCACCACCCACCAAACACACGACCAGCAGGAAGUAGUCCUCUCUGCCAUGGGUCUGCUUCCUGUGUGGGGGCCGCGUGCCGCACCAUCUCUACGUCCCCCCCCCCCCCCCGCCCCCGCCCCCGCACGGCUCAGCGCAACACUCACUUGAACCAAUGACGUGAGGAAAGAAGAUCUCUGUACAUAUUUAUGAUGUUGGGAGGUUUGAAUGUAUUACCCACAAUGCCCCAGGUCCCCGGUCACGGCAAAGAAACGCUUUACAAAACAAUGCUGGAGUUGAGAAUUUAAAAAAAAUCUAUUUUUUUGCCAUGAGAAACUAUAAUGUGGAACUCUUAUCUUUGUAUUGUUUAAGGUCCAUGGGUUUGGCGGCUGUUCCUGAAUGAUAUUUUGCUUAAUAAAGUGCAUCCGUUUGGUUUUAUGAUCGAA